AUGGCCGAGAAAGGUUAUAAUUUAAGACCCAACCGUAAAAAUUCUAACCUAAACCCAAAUUACGACUACGACUACAACAACACUGACAGCGAGAGCGAGAUUGAAGAAGAAGGUCGCCAUCGUGAUGACAUCACACGCACACAACAAAACACACAGAACAAAAAACACAUCCACAGCAAACAUCACAACACACAGAGGAUGAAAGCAACGAGUCCAUGGACCAAUCAGACACUAGUAUUCCCAUUCCUACAAAUCGAAAUAAACUCAAUUAAGAUCACUCAGACAACACAAGCUGAGGAAAUCAUUAAACUUAAUGAAAAACUCACACAAAAAAUUGAUGAAUCACAAGAUCAAAUGAGACAAUUCGUCAUUGAUAAUCUUACACAACAACAAUUAAUAUCUGAUAAUAAAAAUCAACAGAGACAAAAUGACAUCCUAUCUGCUGUCAAAACACAAUUGGUAAUGCAUGAACAGAAUUUUGACCAAAAAAUUGAAGAACUUUCUCAACGAACCAGGCAAGAAUCCGAACAGAAUUCUAAAGCUAAUUUGACCAUCAUACAAAACGAAAUUCUCCCAAAACUCACCAUCCAAAACAAAACUUUAGAAUCUCAGCAAGCUGAAAUCCAAAGUUUAAAUCAAAAUCUGACUAAAUGUGAACAAGAAGUGGAAACCCUCAAACAGAGCAAAACAUUUGAAAAAUUCCAAGGCCCAAUCAAAAUUAUAUGCAAUGGAAAUGAAGAGAAAGACCGACAAAUACCAAAAUUCAACGGCCGAAGUGGCAACCCAAAAGAAUAUCUUAAUAAAUUGAAAAGAUAUUACGACAGAGGACUUGAGCGAAACAGCAAUUAUGACCCGAUUGAAUAUCUCAAAGACCUGCUAGAAACUUCAUUCGAAGGUCCCGCCUCAAGAUGGCUACAACUUGUUAAGACCGACUUAAGUUCCUGGGAACAAUUUUCCAACGAAUUCGAAGCUAAAUACUGGUCAAGAGAAGUACAACGCAGCUUAAGAGCCAAAAUUGAAUCAGAAAAAUAUCGGUCAAAUGGUACCCUCAGCCGCAGCGAAUACCUUACAGAACGUGUAAUUUCACUCCAAUCUAUGAGCCCUUGCCUAACCGAAGAAGAAAUCGUGACACUGAUGGCAGAGAUAUUUGACUCCAUCGUACAAGACUGCAUCAAUGUACAAAACAUCACCACCGUACGUGCAUUAGAAAGACUUCUACAACGUGAAGACCUCAAAGACGGACCAAAGAAGACACGCACCAACAACCAGAAUCACAACAGCUCAUCCAACAACCGACCGACAACUCCAAAUCAACAACCACACACCUAUAAAAGUUAUCCAAACCAUCAAAAUUACCGUCCUAACCACAAUCAUCCUACUUACGACCGAAACCAUGAAAACAAACCAUAUCAACGAGACAAAUAUCCUCCUCGUAACGGUGACAACAACCAACGGACCUACAGAAACCACCCAACCCAAGAACAAGCUCAGCUUUGCGCAGUAAUGAGACAAAAUAACUACGUGCCAAGUGCUCCUCCAAAUAACCAAUCAUCACACAGUUACGAGCCACAGACUCAUCCUGCACCAAAUAUACAGGAAAACGGUUCGGCGCUGUAA